GACGUAAACUUUUAGAAACACGGAAGUCAGGCUGCAGACAGACAUUCCCGAAGUGUGAGUGAAUCUGCAAACUUUCACUGCACCGUCACUAGCAGACACACCCCCGUGAUUUCUGUGAAGGCGUUUUCUGAUAGGCUGCCAGGAAGCUCUACGUCACUUACAAGAGGAAAGAGAAUGGCACCUAAGAGAAGGGCAACAUCAAGCACCAAAGCUGGAGGGAAGAAGGUAAAGAAGGAGCCUGAAGCUCCACCAAAGGACAAGUUCACCUCUGUCAAAGAGGCCCUGAAGGCAACAGCACCGCAGGUGAAAAGCACGAGGAACCCUGACAGCUUCUGUCAUCUAUCAAACGCUGAGGUUCACGAAGAUUACGACUGUAUGCUAAACCAAACUAACAUUGGAAACAACAACAACAAAUUCUAUGUAAUCCAAGUCUUAGUGUCUGGAGGGAAGUACUAUUGCUGGACAAGAUGGGGCAGAGUUGGAGAGUCAGGCCAAAACAAUUUAGCUGGUCCAUCUACCGCUGAUGCAUCCGUUAAGAUUUUCGAAAAGAAAUUCAAAGACAAGACCAAGAAUAAUUGGAGCGAUCGAGAAAACUUUGUCUCGCAUACUGGGAAGUACACAUUGAUAGAGGUAGAUGGGGAUCAGGAUGCAGAAGUGAAGGUGGACUCUGUAGACGGUGGAAAUGUGAAGGUGAAAAGUGAACAACACGUUCUGCCUUGUACAUUGGAUGAGGCAACUCAAAGACUCAUCCGAUUCAUCUUCAACAACGACAUGUUCAAAGAAGCCAUGUCCAGCAUGAACCUUGAUAUUAAGAAGAUGCCUUUGGGGAAACUCAGCAAGCAGCAGAUAGCCAAAGGCUUUGAGGCUUUGGAGGAGAUUGAAGCUGCAAUAAAGAAGGGGGAACAAAAGAAGUUAGAAGAACUCACCAACAAAUUCUUCACCAUUAUUCCUCAUAACUUUGGCCGCAACAGACCCCCUAUCAUCUCUGAUGAUUCUGUUCUUCAGGGCAAGAAGGAGAUGCUUUUGGUUCUUGCAGACAUCGAGGUUGCCCAGAGUCUUAAAGCUGAAUCUGAGAAAGCCACAGAAGAAAUGAAGGAUAUGGUGCCUCAUCCAGUUGACCAAAAUUACCAGUCUCUGAAAUGCAAGCUAAGUUUGCUGGAUAAGAAAUCGAAGGAAUAUAAGAUAAUUGAGAAGUACUUGAAUGCAACUGGACGCAAAGGACUCACUUUAGUGGACGUCUGGGAAGUUGACAGAAAUACAGAGGCUGAGCGCUUCAGGGAAAAUGAUGCAUUGGGGAACCGGAAGCUGCUUUGGCAUGGAACAAACGUGGCAGUGGUUGCAGCCAUUCUGAAGAGCGGCCUUCGUAUUAUGCCCCAUUCUGGUGGACGUGUGGGCAGGGGAAUCUAUUUUGCCUCUGAAAACAUAAAAUCUGCGGGCUAUGUGCAUCCAUCCAACAACAUUGGCAUCAUGUUUCUAAAUGAAGUUGCUUUGGGAAAAGAACACACCAUCACACAGGAUGAUUGCAGCUUAAGGAAGGCUCCCGCUGGCUAUGACAGCGUAGUUGCACGAGGAACCCAAGAACCAGAUCCCUCGAAAGAUGUCUCCAUUGAGUUUGAUGGUAAAAAGGUGGCGGUUCCUCAGGGAAAAGCCAUAAAACAGCAGCAGUACGAAGGAAGUUACUUCUACAACAGUGAGUAUCUCAUCUAUGAGGAAAGCCAGUGUCGCAUCCGAUACCUCCUGGAGUUGAAGUUCAAUUAUCACUAGAGCUGAUUUGAAAACAUGGAACUGUAGCUACAUAUAUAGCCACUUAUAUAUGCCACUUUUGCUAUGUGAUUUCACUCUCACAUACUGUAUAAAGCGUUGAAUGUUUGAGUUAAUUAGUCGGAAAGUCUACAAAUAUUUGAUUACUCCAUUACAUCUUUAUCAUGUACUGUAAACUUUGGUUGGUAUAGCCUUACAGUAUGUUUGCUCAUUAUGCCUUUUCUCUGAGUGAGGUUUGAAUGUCUUCCUAUCAUUACUAUUCUGUAAUUAUGUUAUUCAUAUUAGAAACAUCACUGCUGGUUUCUGUACUGUCAUAAAAAGUUAGCAUACAUGUUUACCUUUAAACAUUUGAAAAAUGUUGAAUAAAUGUGUAAUUUCAUUAAAAGAACAACAUUUUCAAAAAGGGCCAAAAUGAAGAAGGAUAAAAGAUUGUAAUUUUUUUUGAAAGCUUGUUUUUUUUUUUUUUUUGUCAAUUAAAUACUCUUAUUUUACACAGAAUAAGAGUAUUUUAUAAAAAAAAAUUCUGAAGUAUGAUUGAAGCCUAAUUAAAUUAUUUGAGAAUAUUUGCACUAAUUUGCACUAAUUCAUGCAAGCUGCUCAUAUAUUGCUGAUAAUCAUUGCUUCUAAAGGAAGUCUAAUGCUAUUACGGCCCUUUAUACUUUUGUUUGGUUAGAUGUUUGUUUUACCAAGCAUUUAUUUUAAGUUGUUUACACAAUUAUAUUGUACUACAAUAGCUAUAGAUAUUAUUCCAUAUAUUUUUCUCUUUUAUGUUGUAAGCUUUGAAGUAAAGUUUUGUUGUAAAUGUUAAUGUAACUGCUUAGUACUGAAAAAAACUGAAGAUAAUAAAUGAUUAUAAUUAUA